ACUGCUUUGAAAUUAGAAAAGUAACGUAGUCUAAAGGUACUUUAUUUUUGAGUACGUGUGUGACAUGCGCACAUACAACCACUAGCAACAAUGACACACUGUAGGACACCGACACACCGUGAGGACUGGGACCAUUCAGGAGAUGUUUCACCAGCCGCGGGGAUGUAAAUGAGAAGGGCUCGGGGGUCACCCGGAGGACUACGUUGAACAUCCUGCAGCCAACAUGCCUCCUCCUCAGAGCCUACAAUCCAGCGCACUGACUCUGUCUGAAACAAACAUGGGUUCCUUUAAGAGGAGGAAGAAGAAAUCCAUAAUAGUGACAGUGAUGCUACUCAUUGUGUCGGUUCUCAUUCUCAUCUUUGGCCUGGCAGCAACUACCAGGACGCAAAACAUCACAGUGGGUGGUUACUACCCAGGGGUGAUUCUGGGCUUUGGCUCUUUUCUGGGAAUUAUUGGCGCUCAUUUGAUAGAGAACAAAAGGCAGAUGCUAGUGGCAUCUAUUGUCUUCAUCACUUUCGGGGUGGUGGCUGCCUUCUGCUGUGCUAUUGUCGAUGGAGUUUUUGCUGCAAGGCACAUUGACCUCAGGCCACUGUAUGCUGGUCGUUGUGAGUAUCACUCCAGUGAGACAGCAUCCGACCGUGAUGUGCCCUGUCAGACGUCAUCGCGCACAUCCUGUAACCUGCGUGUGAAGAGCAACACCUGUUUCUGCUGCGAACUGUACCACUGCGGGAAAGAACAUCCUCUUAUGGGACUUCAGAAUAAAGAUGUUUUGAAAAAGUUUAGGAAAUCAUCCAUGAUUUGGAAGGCUAGCCGUGUUGAAGUGAUUGGAGGUUACCAUGAAUACACAGAUGUGAGGAGCUGCCAGGACGUGGUUCACCUCUAUCACCUCCUGUGGUCUGCUACCAUCCUCAACAUUGUGGCACUCUUCCUGGGCAUCAUCACUGCUGCUGUGCUGGGAGGCUUUAAAGACAUGAUUCCUUCUCCUGCCUCAGAGAGUACAUCUGAACCAGAGGCCGUCACAGCUCCAGCGCCGUCAGAGCGUCCUCCAACCUCCACUCCCCUCACCUCGUAUUACAACACCACCCCCUGCCUGCCGCCUUACAGUGCCUACGACCUGCAGCAGGGCUCCUUCAUGUUCCCUGACUCCUCAGGCAUCUCAGAUGAUUCCCAGUCCGGAGCCAGCCAUCUGUGGCCCACUAUGAUCCCUCCACGUUAUUCCCCUCCCCACAACCAUCCUGACGAGAAGCCCCCGCCGUACAGCCCAUAAGAUGGAUUCGAACAAAGAACACCUGAAAUGUGACCAGGUGUUGUUAAAUGCUGAGUGAGUGUUUUGAAUGCACAGUGCCUCUGGGCUUUUCCUCACAAUCAUUCAGAACUGUACUGAAGGAAGUGGGGAGGAGCAGGAGGAUGGCCACACCUUGAGUUCAGCCCAACACAAGGGAGUGAUGUCUCUCAAGGCACCACUUGCACUCUGGCCUGCUCGGUGUGUGUGCACACAUGCACAUCUAGGACUGUUUACACAUCUGUCUGCCUUAAUGCAAAUAGACUUCCAGCACUGCAGCACUCUGUCACCUGGACAGACUGUACAGCUUGUGCUUUAUGUUCACCCGUCUUUAGUACAUAUUGUAAAUGCUUCCUGCUGUGAGUGGCACAGAUGACAACAUCCUCACUGUGAAACAAGCCUUGUGUGAGAUUAAUACAGUUAGCUGAACGCUUUGGUGUCUUUCCCAAAUCUGAAUCAGCUAGAAAAUUAAAACCUGUAGAGUUACAGGCCCGUGCAGUCAUUAAUCGUGUCAGUGUACAUUAUCAAAGUUAUUAGUAAUGGAGGUUUUACGUGCCCGUUAUGUAUGUAGAGCAGUAUGAUAUACAGAUGCUCUUUUAGCACAGUUAGGCCUAAGGUAUACAAACUGGUUGUGGUAUCUGUUUAUCACCCCUUCAGUUCAUGUUCAAGAAUAUCCUGAUCAAUGUGUGGUGAACUUUGUAGAGCAGUCUUAAUAAAGAAAUAAGCUAUUCUACCUAAAGUGGUUGUUGAGGAAGUACAGUUAAUAAUUAUACUCUGAACACUAUUGCGAAGCAGUGAGCUAACGUGUGUGUCUCUGUGUGUAUGUAGUAGUAAUGUCACAUGUAUGAGCUGAAAUGUGUUGUCUUUGUUAGGACUAAUUAAUAAGACUUGAGUGUGAACAGUCAGUGCUGGAUUCACUGACAUGAAAUGGGAGAUCAUGGAAGGACAAAGAACAAGAACUGUUGGCAAAAGACUAAGUUUACUUCCCUCUGUGAGCUUUAAUAACUGCUUUUUAUAGUUCAGACACAUUUUCAGAGGCUGGUAAAAGUGUCAGUUCCUUUUUUUGUCUUGCCAUUAAAAAUUGUUUUGUGUAUUUCACAUUGU